AUGGGAACAUUCAACAUCGAUGACCAGCCCUCAACUUUCAUUAUGGAUGGGACGUGGAAUCCUUCGUGGGAAAAUAUAGCAAUACCUACUUUGGACAACGAGCCGCCGAUUGCCACCAAAAAAGAAUGGUCGCCUAUCAGCCCAUUUAGUGUGCGCAAAAGACUUCUCAAAUUGGAUCUCGAAUUGAUCGACGAUCUGGAGCAUCUAGAGUCGGGCCCUUUCAUCAUGGGGCCGUCGUCUAUCCUCAGGGGAGAUGUCAGCCCAACAGUUGGGAAAUUAGAUCUGCCCAUAUUUCGCAUGCUCAGCCACUCAACACAAUUCGUGGACAUUCUCGAAACUAGCGCGGGUGCUGCAGAAGACAUUUUCAGUUCGUCCAGUUAUUUCAAUUCAUCUCGAGAGGCAUUCGGGAUCAACCGCGAUACAAAAUCCCCAUCUACAGAUCUCAUGGGUGGAAGUGUGGAGGAUGGCGAAAGAACAACAUCAUCUUACGGCUCUGCAUAUUUGACCAGCAUGGAGCCAUCUCCAGAGCAAGCAAAAUUCCUAGAGUCUCAAGGAUGGGAUAUAUCGACAGGACUCAGCAUGCUCGCAACUUAUUGCCACCUGAUCCGGGUGUAUCGAGCUGUGUUUACACAACUUUAUCAACUAUUCUUGAUUAUACCCCCUGCUGAUGCUGCUGCGUAUUUACUACUACCGAACCUACAAUUUGGUCAAUUUCACAUGGAAGGUAACCUAACUGUUCAAGUUCGGGUGUUGAUUGAGCUUGGCUCCAGCAUGCUAGUGAAGAUUGAACGGGUCCUCGGAAUGUCCCAAGGCACUACACAAGAGCGAGGUGGCGAAAUAAGCACCAUGACAUACAUAUUGGAUGACAGUCCACUGGUAUGUAUCCGGGACCACAUCACGGCGCAGGAGAAAUUGACGCAUGCAAUUCCAUUGAAGGAAACAAUGAAUUGCCUUAGACAACUUCUGAAAGACCCAGGCAACAUGUGA